ACCCGGAUAAGAUACGUCGAAGGAGCUGCUUCCGAGGAGAAGGUCCUGGGUGCAGGAGCAAGGGCUGUCUCGCCAACACAUUGUUGAUUGCUCUCUCGCUCCUUUGCAGCUUAGAUUGUAGGAUUGAAUGCUGAAUCUCUCAACACAUUGCUUCACUGUCCUCCUCUUCUUCUUCUUCUUCUUCUUAAGAUUUUCCUUCCAUUUUUCGAGAGUUUUCUGAGUAUUUGGGUUUGUUUCUCGUUCUGUACAAGCUCUACCACUUGUUGUAGCAGGGUACAGUUCGUUGCUUGCACACAUUUGCAAUGGCGAUGUCGGCCUUAUCCUUCCUCCAGCCCAUUCCACGUCUCGACCCUCUCUGCACAUCUCUCACUACUGAUGCUUGUUCUGCUUGUUCUCCUAUUUCCUCUCUUUCGGGACCCUCUCAUUCUUUAUGGAUUUCUAGUGAGAGGUCUCGGGUUGUCGUGAAGGCUGCCAAGGGCAGGCGUGAGAAAAUGGACUUCUUCCUCGACGACGUUGGUGAAAGCGAGGAUACAAUCCCAGACGACGUUGUUGACAUGGAGGAGUGGAUGAGGAACAGGCCGGCAGGUUUUGGCAUUGGCAAGGUGUACGACCUUUCUUUGGAGGAAAAAUUGUUAGCAGAAGUUGAAGCUGAUAGGAAGGCAAGAGAGGCGGCGAAAGCUAGAAAGGGUUUAGGACAAGCAAGCCAACCCAAAAAGAAACAGAAAGCAUCCAAAGUGACAGAAGCACCUGCUGGUGUAGAAGUUUGGGUGGGCAAUUUACCACGCAAGAGGAAGGUGGAUAGGGACUUGCGUGCUGCAUUCCGCAACGCUCCAGGUCUAUUACACAUUCGACCUGUUGUGGAGCCCGAAAACGAGAAGACACGCGACCCUAUGUGCCGCGGGUUUGCCUUCUUCACGUUUGCUACUGAAGAUGACGCGUAUGACUUUGCCUCGAUGUACGACGGGGUGAAAGUGAAAUUUGGGAGGGUGGAGAAGAAGGUUGCCUGCGAGGUGGCUAAGUCGAACAGCCCCUUUCAUCCCAAGCCCAAUCGCACCUCAAGUUCCAUCUCUGCUCCAAAGUUGCAAGUGAGAGACAUAAAUUCCACCAAUGAAUCUAGGCUUCCAUCAACUCCUAUCAGGUUAUCGGAAAACGAGUUCAACGGUAACGCUGUGAAAAAUGCUAAGCCUAUGUUAUUUGAAGUAGAGGGACAAGAAGAGGAUGAUGACGAUGAUACAAGUGAAACCGAGUUGCGUGCAUUGGAAGAGGAAAUCUGGGAUCAAUUCGAAGAUGAAGACGACAUGGCACUGGACAUGGAGUUUUCAGUGGAAGAGGGCAUUGCGGAGGAGGAUAACGAUGAGAUUGAGCCGUCAUAUUCUAGGUCAUCAGUGGAUGAGCAUGCUCUAUCUGAAUCCGUAGAAUCUCCAAGGGAUACUACACUUAAUAGAAGGGAAGGCAGUAAUUUGAGGGCAUCAGUUAAGAAGGCAGUGCAGUUGUCGUACGAGGAGGAUGAGGAUGAAGACGAAGAUGACGACGAUUUCUCCGCAGAAAAAAUCAGAGAGUUAGAGGCUAAAGUCAGAGAAAUGGAAAUGAAGCUUGCGUUAUCGACUCAAGACGAGGAAGAGAGAAUAGAGCUUCUGGAGAAAAGGCUUCUGAGCAAGGCGAAAUCAGCAGUUGGGGUCUCUGCGGCUAGAGGAGAGGGUGAGAGAAAGAAGGCAGGAGCAAAGCAGUCAUCUAAAGCAGGAAAGAAGACGAAAACUAAGUCUAAGUCUGACAAACCGAAGAUUGGGAGCCUUGGUUCGGCGAGCAGGCUAAAGGCUAAAGAGAGGGCGAUACUUACUGGAGUCUUGACGAAGUAUGUAUCAAAUUCGCCCUAAUUCUUUGUUUUAGCGUUGAAACGGCCAGGAGCUGCUGGUUCUAGACUACAGAAUCCCCUUCAAGAGCAUCAGUCAUGCUGAUUAGAUUCACGCCUCUGAGGCAGGAGUGAAGAAAAUUUUUUCGCCUCUAAUAUAUGGCGGUUAUGAUCUAGUCCAACCUACUAAUUGGGGUUAGUUUUCCAGCUUUGCUUGCAUUUGUAAUUAAGUUGCUGCAACAGCGGAGAACAUGCGGGGGGAUUACAGCGUUGUCAAAUGACGUCGUUGAAGACUCUUUACAGUUGAAAGUCACCUGUUUCUAAUUGACUGAUGAAAAGUAUGCUCUGGAAGAAUUUGGCAAUAUAAAUUUUGAAUAUGUAAUGCAAUUUUUUUCUGUUGGUUACAGUUGAGCUUUCAUGAGUUCAAUCAGUUACCGGUUAUUUACCCUAGAAAUACAAUCAUCUUGGUUA